UUUAUUUUGCUCUGCUGCAUCACAACCACUCAGGAAGAAUGUGCUGAUUAAAAGGAAUGUAAAAGCAGAGCAACAAAGGAGGUUAAAAUCAGCAUAGAGCAAAAGCCUGAAUCCUGCUCAGAGGGAAGCUACUGAAUGAAUCUUCUCUCUCCAGUGUGCACCUCCCACACCAACCCCACCUUUGUUUGUCUCCUGGCUGGUAGGUUCUGGGUAAAGGCCUGUUACAGCAGCAGGUAUCUGAUUUCAGGAAGUGGAGGCUGCUUGUUUUGAAAGGCUGUUGCACUUUUUCCCUCCUACCCACCUGACUGCUGGUCAGUGACCACAUCCUGUCUCUGUCUCAGCCACAGGUUAAUAUUAAACAGGAGCAGCUGCACAAACUCUUAUGUCAUCCCCAAGUUUGCAGUAGUGGAAGCCUAGGUGCAAGGUGUGCUCUGCAAGGCAGCAGAUAACAGCAGUGAAUGGAAGAGGUACAACCCUGCAGGUCGUUGUCUGGAGUGUUUGAGAAAAUAGAAUUGAUUUCAGCAGAGACGAGAGAAGGAAGAAUGAAAAGAAAUUUGUUUCAUCCAUCAUAAGAAAAGGGGAAUGCCUGCUGAGAAUUACCCUCUCUCCUCCCCACCACGCCUGUGCUGGAUUAUUGACACAGUCUCAGUAACUAACAAACCAGCUUUGAUUCAGGUCAGGUGUGGCUUGUAGAGUCUCUUUCACUGCAGCCUGCUUGUACCAGCUUGCUUGUGAAUGUGAAGGGAGGAAGAGGGAUCUAUUUACUGCUUUAUUUUGAAGAUUGGAGGGAGUGGGUAAGCAGAGUCUCUCCCCCACCCAACUUUUCCUUGUAUUUUCCUGGACUUGGUCAUGGCAGCGCCAAGUGACCAGGCAAAUUGCUCUCAUGUCAUUGAUCACAGUCAUGUCUCAGAGUUCGAGCUUGCGCUGUGGAUCAAGAUCAUUCUUGCCUUCAUCUGCAUCUUUAUCUUUGUGGCGGGGAUCCUGGGCAACAGUAUCACCAUCCAGACCACCAAAGUGCUGCAGAGGAAAGGCUAUCUGCAGAAAGAGGUCACGGACCAUAUGGUGAGCUUGGCCUGUUCCGACUUGCUGGUCAUCCUGCUGGGGAUGCCUGUGGAGUUCUUCAGCAUUAUCUGGAGCCCCUUCUCCACCUCAAACAGCAACGUGGCCUGCAAGCUGUACUGCUUCCUCUUCGAGGCCUGCAGCUAUGCCACCAUACUGCACGUGGCCACCCUCAGCUUCGAGAGGUACGUUGCCAUCUGCCACCCCUUCAAGUUCAGGGUUGCCUCUGGACCCCAUAAGACCAAGAUACUCAUUGCCUUUGUCUGGGUCAUCUCCAUCCUGGUGGCCCUGCCCCUGCUCUUUGCAAUGGGCACUGAAUACCCCCUAGAAGCUGUCCCUGAUCACCGAGGGGUGACUGCCUGUAUCACACCUACCUCCAGACACAGCUGGGCUAACCUGAAGUACAAUGUCACUAUAUGUACAAAUCUUGCUUCCAAGUGGACUGUCUUCCAGUCCAGCAUCUUCAGCGCCUUCACUGUGUACAUCGUGGUGCUGAUAUCGGUGGCCUUCAUGUGCCGCAGCAUGAUGAAAACUCUGAUGAUCCUCAAGAAUGGGACUGUGACGGUUCAGGGGGUACGAAGUCACCAGGAGCAGUAUCUAAGGAAAAAUGAAAGCAUGGAGGGCAAGAACUCCAGGAAACAGACCACCCUCUUCCUAGGACUGAUUGUUGCCACUCUGGCAAUAUGUUGGAUGCCAAAUCAGAUUCGAAGGAUCAUGGCUGCUGCUAAACCUAAGCAGGACUGGACUGUGCCCUACUUCAGAGCAUAUAUCACCCUUCUUCCCAUUGCAGACACCUUCUUUUACUUCAGUUCUGUGGUAAACCCACUCCUGUACAACAUCUCUUCUCAGCAGUUCCGAACUGUAUUUCUACAGGUCCUCCGUUGCCAUCUGACGAUAGAACAUGCCAACAAACAGAAGCUUCUGAGAGCCAAUUUGAAUUCUCGAACCAGCAGUAGCCGUUUUAUGCGUCCAUUGAUCUUCAUUUCAUCUAAGCGCAAUUCUUCUAGAAAGAGCCCUGUUUUCUUAAGUACUUUUCAGAAUGAGACCAAACCUGACUGCAGUCCACAGAAAUUGAAUCUUGAAUCACCGGAGACCAACUUGGAAAUAAUGCCACUAGAGACUAAUUUAGAGUCCAGUCCAGCUGCACAGAAUGGCUUUCAUGAACAUGAAAUGUGACUCCGUGUAAGGCAAAGUUAGACGACUAGCAAUAAACAUAACAUGGAAAUUAAAAUAACUGAGGAUCUAGAAACUGAACAAUCAACUAUAUCUUCAUUAAGUGCUGUUUUUGAUAGACUUGUUUCCAAUUACACAAAUGGAGCAUGAGUUUUUGUGUGCCAUUUGUUUUUUAAAGUGCACACUAGAAAUUCAAUCAGACAACUGAAUUUAUUAGUUGCUGACCAAAAGAAAAAAAAACAGGAUGAGGAAGGCGGUUCUUGGACCAAACUCUUCUUUAGCAGGAUGGCAACAAAAGAACAGCAGGGUCUUGUGGGACAUGGAACAAAUGCCAGGACAAAAAAAAUCCUUUAAGUUUAGCAAUGCACUGACAAUAAAAGAGCCAAUUUUAAGAGCAAAACAGUAGUUAAUAUGCCUGCCUUGGGCACUGUGCCAGAACUCCCCCUCUUCUUGGGCCGGGGUCCAUUGCAGAGUGGAGUAUUGCAGCAGCUGAUACACACAGAGUUCAUUUUCCCUGGGGAGCAGAAAGACUGGUAUCCAGCAGAGGCUAUGAGACAGGCUGCAGAGGAUGCGCAGGACUUGCGAUAGAGGAUUCCUGUGACACAGAACAAAAGUUAUUUAGCUUGAUAUGAACAUGCUUUUGCCGUAUGCUAAAAUCCUGUUUGAAGAGUCUGACAGAUAGUGGUGAAUGCUGGUUAAAAUUUUCAAGUCAAUAUAGGGGAUAUAGCCUCAUCACUUCCAUAAGUUAGAAUAACAGAUGUGUGACUAAAAUCCCAGCAUUGCUAUGAAAAUAAAGCCAUUGUUUUAGAUUUUUUUUUAAUGUUGUACAAUAUGUAUUUUAAAGCCAUACAUUUUACAACCAAAAAUGUAAUCCCUUGGAAUGCCUGUUAAAAGGUUUGAAACAGAAAUCUAAUCAAUUUCAAAAGGCACUUGAAUUUCAGACACUUUACCAGCCUGAGUCCCCUGGCACAAUUUUUGUAGCUUUAGAAUUACAUUUUUUCUAUGUUUUAAAAAUGUCGCUCUUGCUUGUUGCUUUGUGGGGAAAAAAGUAUAGGAAGAUGCGUAACUGACUGACACUGGGAGGGGAAAAUGACUGAACACAAAGCACUGUUCAAUGCACAAGGAAAACUAACGAAGAGAUUUCUCUAAUUUUGUUCAGUUCUAGUUAUUUUAGGAGAGGGUACACAAUUUGAAGAGAAAUUAUCUAUCUUUUUUAAAGUUGAAGGUGUUCCUUUAAAAGCUAAUAUCUCAAACUGUUUUUAACUGAAUAAAAAGCAGUACACUCUACAUUCUGAUGCACACAAUCCUGUAUUUUAAAAAUUGUAUUAGGCUGUAAAAUAAAGUUAUUACAAUUCAAUA